AUAUUACGCGCGUUAUAUAUAUUUUUGUUUUGUUUUUCUAAUGGCUCGUUGGAUCGCAACGGUGCUAGUGGCAUUGGCCACAUUGGCCGCCGUGACAAUGGGACACCGCCUCAUAAAAGCCGCCUCCGUCAGUAACGGCUGGGGAAGCGACGCCCGCGCCACCUUCUACGGCGGUCCUCAAGGCCAAGAAACUUUCCAGGGAGCAUGCGGGUAUGGCCCCGAGCAAGGGUACGGCCUGGCAACGGCGGCUCUGAGCACGGCUCUGUUCAACAACGGAGCGACAUGCGGUGCAUGUUUCGAGAUAAUGUGCAUCAACGACCCGCAGUGGUGCAUACGUGGCGCAGGCUCCAUCACCAUCACGGCCACCAAUUGGUGCCCACCGAACUACCAGAAGAAGACAGAUAUAUGGUGCAAUCCUCCGCAGAAACACUUCGACCUCUCCAUGCCUAUGUUCCUCAAGAUCGCUCAGUACAAGGCCGGUGUUGUCCCUGUCAAGUUUCGCCGCGUCCCCUGCCAGAGACGGGGAGGUGUUAAGUUCCAGUUCGGUGGGAACCCGUACUUUCUGAUGGUCCUAGUGUUCAACGUCGGUGGAGCGGGGGAUGUUACGGAAAUGCAGGUGAAGGGGACGAGGACGAACUGGAUCCAGAUGAAAAGGAACUGGGGAAUGAAUUGGCAGACCGGCACUGUCCUGACCGGACAGGCACUCUCGUUCAGGGUCAAGACGAGCGAUGGCAAGUUCUUGGAGAUGGAUAAUGUUGCUCCCUGGAACUGGGGAUUUGGACAGACUUUUGCCGCUCAGUCCAAUUUUUAGAACUUAUACAUUCGCCAUGACAAGAAUGUUUCCGUAUUUGCAGUUUUUAUGAUUUUGUUGAAUAAUUCGAUCAAGAGAGGGCAUUGGGAACUCGAAACAAAUCUCAAAGGGGGUUUGUUUAUCAUGUCUAUAAAUACUAUGUGAUGUUGGAAUUUC